CUUACCAAGCCCCUAAGUUUUAUGUGAAUACAGUCAGCUACCUUCUCCAGCUUGCUGCUGUUUGUGUAAAGGGUCUUUUCAUAUGCAAAAGAAGGGGGAGGGGGAGUGUCUUAUUUGCCACUUACAGUGGGCUUUCCAGCUGCCUUUUCAACAGAGCUAAACGGACAGCUUCUAACUUUAACCAUUUUACUGGUAACCUGAAUACACAACCAAACAGAAUGUCUCAUGUGUUAAGGACCUUUCACAAGACCACCUUGUGUACGGCCAGGGGAAUUAAGAGAUGCAAUAGGAAUCUGUGCAAAUUGAAAGACUUAAACUCAUGCAUUGGAGUUAGAACACAACUAUUUAACCAAUGCACAUUCUCCACCCUUAUUUCUGCUAAAAGAGACUGCUAUAGUUACAUUGUCAUCGGUGCUGGUUCCGCUGGAUGUGUCUUAGCUAAUCGUUUAUCCGAAAACCCAGAUGAUACUGUACUUGUUUUGGAAGCUGGCCCAAAGGAUAUACAAUUUCGAAGCAAGAGAUUGUCAUGGAAGAUUCAUAUGCCAGCAGCAUUAAUGUAUAAUCUUUGUGAUGAUAAAUACAACUGGUUUUAUCAUACAGAACCGCAGGCCCAUAUGGACAACCGUGUCAUGUACUGGCCAAGAGGUAGAUUAUGGGGUGGAUCGUCUUCUCUGAAUGCAAUGGUGUAUGUACGUGGGCAUGCAGAAGAUUAUAACCGGUGGAGCAGAGAAGGGGCCACAGGCUGGGACUACAGCCAUUGUUUGCCCUACUUUAAAAAGGCGCAGGCGCAUGAGCUAGGCCCCAAUGAAUACAGAGGGGGAAACGGACCAUUACAUGUGUCCAGAGGGAAGACCAAUCAUGUUCUCCAUCAGAUGUUUCUUCAAGCAGCUCAGGAAGCUGGGUAUCCAUUUACCGAUGACAUGAACGGCUACCAGCAAGAGGGCGUUGGGUGGAUGGAUAUGACCAUAUACAAAGGGAAAAGAUGGAGCACGGCCAGUGCAUACCUUCAUCCAGCUAUAUCUCGCUCUAAUGUAACUGCUGAAGACAAAACACUUGUUACUAAGAUAGUCUUUGAAGGGCUGAAAGCUGUAGGUGUUGAAUAUAUCCAAAAUGGACAAAAGAAAAAGGCUUAUGUCAGUAAAGAAGUGAUUUUGAGUGGUGGGGCUAUAAAUUCCCCCCAGCUACUUAUGUUGUCUGGAAUUGGAAAUGCUGAUGAUUUAAAGAAGUUAGGAAUUCCUGUAGUCGCUCAUCUGCCAGGGGUUGGUCAGAAUCUCCAGGACCAUUUAGAAGUUUACAUCCAGCAGCAGUGCACUAAGCCUAUAACUUUGUAUAGAGCACAGAAACCAUUGAGAAUGAUAAAAAUUGGCUUGGAAUGGCUCUGGAAAUUUACAGGCGAUUGUGCUACAACACAUUUGGAAUCUGGGGGAUUUAUACGUAGUGCUCCAGGAGUCGAGCACCCUGAUAUUCAGUUUCAUUUUCUACCCUCUCAAGUAAUUGACCAUGGACGAGUUAAUCCAAUGUUGGAAGCCUAUCAGGUUCACGUUGGAACUAUGAGAGGUACCAGUGUGGGUUGGCUGAAAUUGAAUAGUACAGAUCCCAGAGAGCCUCUUAUCAUUAACCCUAACUAUCUCUCUACAGAAAAAGACAUUGUGGAUUUCCGCCAUUGUGUGAAAUUAUCCAGAGAGAUUUUUGCCCAGAAAGCUUUUGAUGAAGUCCGUGGACCUGAAAUCCUCCCAGGACCAAAUGUCAAGUCUGAUGAGGAUAUAGACGCCUUCAUAAGACAAAAGUCUGAUACUGCCUACCAUCCAUCCUGCACUUGUAAAAUGGGCCAACCAAAUGACUCCAGUGCUGUUGUUGACCAAGAGACAAAGGUGAUAGGUGUGGAGAAUUUAAGGGUCGUAGAUGCCUCCAUCAUGCCUAGCAUUGUCAGUGGGAAUCUUAACGCGCCCACAGUAAUGCUGGCAGAGAAAGCGUCGGACAUAAUCAGGGGAUUUCCAUCACUUGAAGAGAAGAAUGUUGCAGUUUAUAAACCUAAAACAUUAGAAAGUCAGCGAUAGGAAUUUCAACUUUAUUGCUCGAUACAAGUUAGAAAUGAUGACAAAACAAAGAUUAACCUGAGAAUUAUAUGUUUUUUUUUUUUAAAUUUAUAUUAGAUGUUUAAACAUUGAAGAAAUGUUUAGUCUCUGUAAACUUACCGACGCCACCAUAUUGUAACCUAGGGCCUAUUAGUUUUGCAAGCCAAUUAAUGUAUUUUAUAUCUUCUACUGAGACCAGUAGCCAUUUAUUAAUUACUAGCGUAUCACUUUCACAAGAUUUAAUGUCCCUUUAAGUGCUGAUAGAAAGAGGGGUGGGUCUAGACUUUAUAAAGUCGAGAUGCUCACAAAGAUUGCCACAUAGCUACAUAUCAAGGGUGGUGUGUGUAUGGGGGUGAGAUGGUCAUCAUUUCCCACUAGUUAUUAAAGUCCACCUUUCCAACAAUAUACCUCUCUUCUAGUCCUGGGUAGAGAAAAUGUAGAUGUGCUGAUACUACAUUAAUAAUUCCCCCCUGAUCUCAUACAAACAAUAGCGCAAGAAAGUUCUAGAUUUUAAUCCUAUUAUGAUAUAGAAAAUCCAAAUAUAAAUUGAAAUAUUACAUUUACUUAGAAUAUGUUUGUGUAGGUCAUCUGAUUUAAUUUGGGUUCUCCUCCCACAGGCAUGAAGGAAGCAGAUAAAGUAGAAUGAUUUGCAACAGUAAUUAUAAAGUGUAUUUAAUCACAGAGUAUAGUUGCCAUUUUGAAAGUAUCUGUAGGUAAAUUGUGGUUGCCCAGAUGUACAAGCAGAAACAAAUUAAACUAUUUACUACAA